CGAGCAUUAAAAUCGGUACAGCAAUGUGCUUACGUGUUCAGUCAAGGACAGAAAAACGGGGGAAACCAUUCACCAUUAUCUAAUAUUAGCCCAGUAACGCAUCUACUCUCAAACCCACAACAUCGUCCUCGAGAAAAAUGGGAGAGCAUCUAAAAGACCUGCAAUCGCUACUCCAGCGAUCUCUCGGUGACAAUUACACGGUUGAUAAUUACACAACAGAGGAUUUACUACCGCCAGGUGAGAAUUACGGUAGCAAAAUGCUCAAGGUCGACGUUAAAUUGAAAAAUCAGGACGACGGAAAAACAGAGGAGCUGCACCUUGUCGGUAAAUUACUACCCUCGAAUCCCCAGGUACGAGCGAUGCUGGAUUUCUCUGUGACCUUCAAAAAAGAGACAUUCAUGUACUCGAAACUCCUGCCAUACUAUCGAAAAUUGGAGAUUGAAAAUGGAGUGGAUGAGGCUUUUAAUUUCGCUCCAAAGUGCUACGGAUCGAGAUUGGGGCUGGGCUCUGCUGGAAAUUUCGACGACAAUGCACUACUUCUUCUGGAAAAUCUGAAGCCCCAGGGGUAUUACUGUGUGGACAGAAGAACUGGAUGCUCUCUGCCCCACGCUAGAAUAGCGGUGAAUGCUCUGGCGAAUUUUCAUGCCCUCGGAAUGGCGACGAAGGAGAAUGACCCCGAGUUCUUUGAGACCCUGAAAAUUGAAGCCAAGUCCCUCGAUAUAGGAGAUCCAGAAAAGUGGAAGGAACUAGCUCGACAGAGGUUCAAGGACAUCGAUGAUGAUCCUGAAGUGAAAAAAUACUACAAGUCCUGUGAAACCAUGUCUAUGGCGGUCUUCGAGAAAUGGAUGGCACCCCCUGAAGAACCCUGGGCCUCUAUUACCCACUCAGACUUCUGGACCAACAACUUCAUGUUUCGGGAUGGCAGUGAUGGACAACCCGAUGACAUCAAGCUCGUUGACUUCCAGAAUUUUCUCUUUACCAGUCCUCUCAGGGAGAUCAUCUUUUUCGUGACGUCUGGGCUUGAUAGUGAAACUGUUGGGCACGUCGAUGAACUUAUUGAUUUCUACUAUGAGACUCUCAUCGAGAAGAUGAAGUCCUUGGGCUGCGAUGUAUCCGCGUAUUCACGGGAGAGUUUUGAUGAAAAAAUGCGAGAGGAUGCGGCCAUUGAAUUUGGACACUCUAUGUGUCUUCUGCAUGUUAUCACCCUGGACAGCUCAAGUGUUUCUCAGGCUGAUAAUAUUAUAGAAGUCAUGGAGUCUAAACACAAAAAUGUGAUGUAUCAAAAGAGGCUGAGGGAACUCAUCCGGACAUAUUGCAGGAAAGGCUGGUUGAAAGACUCCCUCAAAAUGACAGAGCCAGAUCUAAAAGACCUGCAAUCUGUCCUGCAAUCAGCACUAGGUGACGACCUGACAAUCCAAAACUACGAAAUGAAGGAUCUCCUUCCACCAGGUGAAAAUUACGGCAGCAAAAUCGUAAGUCUUCACGUGACCAUCACCAGGAGAAAAAUUCGGGAAGAUCUAGAUCUAGUGGGAAAAAUCCCACCACCUACGAGGGAGCAGCGAGAAAUGUUGGACAGUCCCAACACAUUCCGAAAAGAGAUCUUCAUGUACUCGAAGAUUUUUCCAUUCUACCGGAAAUUGGAGAUCGAGAGCGGGAUCGAGGACUCGGAUCUCGCUCCGAGGUACUUUGGAUCGAGAUUGGGGCCUGACCCGGAGGACUUCGAGGACGCACUGAUUCUCAUUGAAGACCUGAGGCCCAGGGGGUACUACACCGCAGGGAGAAGAACCGGAUGUGACCUGCAGCACGCCAGGAUGACGGUGAAAGCGAUGGCGAGGUUCCACGCCCUCGGAAUGGCCGCGAAGGAAAAGGAUCCUGAGUUCUUCGAGAUCCUCAGGAUGGAGGCCAGAUGCAUCGACAUGGCGCAUCCCGAGCAGUGGGUUCCCAUCAUCGCCGAGAGGAUUCAGGACGUCAAGAAGGACCCGGAGAUCAGGGAUUACUUCGAGGCGUGCGGUCGGUGCCUGGCAAAGGGAAACUACGACACCUGGUUGGCGACUCCAGAAGAGCCCUGGUCCAGCAUCAUCCACGCCGACUUCUGGGCGAACAACAUAAUGUACAAAAAAUCCAAGGAUGGUCAAGUUGACGACGUCAAGCUCAUAGACUUCCAGAACUAUCUCUUCCUCAGUCCAUUGAGGGACUUGACUUUCUUCGUUACUUGUGGCCUUGAUCAUGAAGCUAUUGAUCACGUUGAUGAGCUUAUUGAUUUUUAUUACGAGAGUCUCCUGGAACGGCUCAAACUACUCAAUUGUGAUGUUCGACGGUAUGACAGGGAGAGUUUCGAGGAGAGACUUCGAGAGGAUGCCCAGGUAGAGUUCUCCCACUGCCUGAGUAUGACGAAGAUUAUUACCCUCGAUGUAGAGCCCAGUCAUCCGGACUGCCAGAAUGUCAAACACCUCCUGCAGCAUGGGGAAAGCAAUCCGGCUUACACAAGAAAACUCAGAGAUCUCGUGAUGACUUAUAAUAAGAGAGGCUGGCUCCAGGAGAAGUGAUGAGAAUGAUUCCUCUACCUGAAAUUCUUUGUUUAUUGAAAUGAAAAUAAAUUCAAUUG